AUGGCUAUUUUUAUCCGCAAUUGGAUGAAUGAGCAUUUUACUGGCCAAUCAGAAUCACCUCUAGGUCAUGUGCUAGUUCUUCGCAUGCUAGCAUUGUACCUAAUUCAGACUAGUGCUUCACUAGGCAAAAUUCACCCUGUGGCACCCCACACAUUGAAAUAUAGACAGGUGACUAUCUCCCAGGGUCACCUGAGGCACUUCCUAGCCCAGAGGGUGCAGCAGCUUGCCCUAGCCCUAUCAAAUAAUCUAUUUUUGGAUUUCAGCUAUUUCCGCGAGAUCCAGUACACAUUAGACCUUGAUAGGGCUUCCCAGUUUGAAGAUAUUAGUCAGCAGGCUAAUAGCUGGUCAUUUCUGCAGACCUACCUGGAUCAGGGGUCACAAGACUAUCUGCUUUGGAAGGUUCUCCCUGAUUCUGAUUGGUUCAUUCAGGUGGAAGGCCCUAGUGGACACACCCUUCAGCUAGUUAGGGCUAGGGCUAAGGCAUUUCUAGAUGCUUCUAGUGCCUGGCUGAAACAGCUACUAGCUCUCUGCCAUAUGACUAGUGGCGCCCCUGCUAGGGGUACAGAGAUCAACCAGGUGAUCUGGCAGAAUACCCCUAUCAACCCUCGCAACCUUUUUCUGGAUCCAGUGAGCAAGCUAUUCCUAAUUAGGCUAGCUUAUUCCAAAACAUUCAGUCACACUGGCCAGGAGAAAGAGGCAGUUAGGGCUUUGCCCCAGUCCCUUUCCUAUUUGGUGCUAGCCUAUAUUGCUUAUAUCCGACCUUUUGAAGAGGCUCUGCUUAUUAAGCUGAGUCAGAAGCUGCCUGAGGCUCAUUUUCUUUUAUUUUAUGAUCACAGGACCUGCAAACCCCUAUCUUCUAAGGUUCUAUCUAGAACUCUGAAGAAUAUGACAUCAGAGACCCUCUCUCAGCCAAUCAGCUUAUCUCCCUGGCGUCAUCUCAUGCAGGGGUUCAUUCGCCAUGGUCUAGGCCUGCAUGACCCACUUGCUGAAUUAGGCAAUGAUGAGCUAGAUGAUGAGGCCCUAGGGGCUGACCAGAUGCAUCAUUCUAGGGAUACUGCCUUGCGAAUCUAUGGCAGAGUAAUGGCUAGCUUCCAGGGGGUUAGGGCAGACAUCCAAACAGCCCUAGUCAACUUUAAUGAUUCAGCUGAUUCCCCUCAGCCCCAGCCAACUAGGGGUAUGGUAUUCCCUCUGGAUCAGCCAAUCAUUCAAUUCUAUUACCCUAGUCAGCCUAAGGCAUCACCUCCAGCUCGCCAGGUUUCUAUUGGCCAGUUCAAUGAAUUUAUUGGCCUCUAUGGAUUGCCUCAGGCUAGUGAUCAAACCCUCAGGCAGCUACAUCAGGGUGAGACAGCUAAUCAGCUAGAUGUAACCCUAGAUCUAGAUCAGGGUCAGCUAGCUAGGCAGCUAGAUCAAUCUAGAUCAAAUCUAGCACCUCAGCAGCAGCUAGAUGAGGGUUUGCUAGAUCAUAUGCUCAAAGAGUUCAUGCAAGAUGAUCAGGUGACCUUUAGAAGCCCUGAACAGCGCCAGGCAUUUCAUCUUAUGAUGAAACAGGUGCCCUACCUCUUCUUAGUGCUCCCUACCGCAGCUGGCAAAACAACGCUAUUCCUUUUUGGGGCUAGUCUAGCUACUAGUCAGGUGACUAUGGUGAUAGUGCCAUUAAUCUCUCUGAAGCUAGACCUAUCUAGGAAAGCUACUGCCUUAGGCCUCCAGCCUACUACCUGGGACCCUAGUCUAGACUGGUUAAACCCAACCCGGAAACCCCAACCCAACCCGGCCUAA